AUGUACAAGCAAAGUUUAUCACAAGUUAAAUGCGAGUCGGAAAUUAGCACAGCAACCUCAAAUCUCAGAAAUCCUGCUAAGCAGAAACUGGAUGAGCUUAAGCAGCAACUGGCGGAUGCGGAGAAAGCAGCCCGGAUGGAGGAAGAGGAGCAGAAACACCAGGAAGAGGAAUGGAAGUGGGACAGACCCUGCGCAUGGUGUGUCGACAAGGGUCGGAACUGCCUCUGGAAGGACGCAGAGAAGAAUGUCCUGUGCCAGAAGGACAAGGGUACUUGUCCUGGAAGGCCCGGAACUGUGAAGGUUCCUAAGGGCAAGAAGAGACAGCGUGCUGCCGGAUCUCCAUCUCUGAAGGGCAAGGGUAAGAGAUGCCAGAAGAGUCUGACUCUGGAUGUUGCGGAGGACAUGGAAUAUGACGACCAGGCUUGGGUGGCCACUGCCAAUAACAUUGUGGCAGAACUGGCUUGGACCAGCACACUCCUGGAAAGGAGCAUUGAGGCGGCAGAAGGCAGCAGGGCUGCAGCGGACCGGAUGAGUUCCGGACUUGAGGUGUUCCUUAGGCAACAGAGGGAGUUUCAGGCCCUUCUGUUUGGGAGGCUUGGAAAGGUGGAUGAGGUACAUCUGGAAGUGGCUCGGAUGAUGCUGGAAGUUGAGGAGGAGAAUGAGGAGAUGGGUAAGGCAUCCAGAAGUGAUGCAGGUGGAUCUGGAGAGGCGGAAGGGUCUAUGGAGAUGUAG